CCGAUAUUUAUAUAGUAUAUCUGUAGAAAGUACUAGGGUAUCCGAAGACCUACACAAAGUGAUUACAAACUGCACGUAAAUCUUGCUUCAGAACAUAACCAGGUACAGCUUCCUGUCAAUGUUGAUCACAGACAUCACGGCCCGACACCUGUAAAAUACUGAUCUAAAGAAAGCUCACUAGCAAUAAGCAUGCCAACAAAAGGAGGAAAGGUCAGUUUUGGCGGUCAGUUAGAAUUACCGUGUGCUGUUCACGAUGAUACAGAGUCACUGUUUGUGUGUGUCCAAUGUUCAAAUCUUCCAGUCUGCACCGAUUGUAUAAAGUCGACCCAUUCGAAACACAAAGUAGUCAAAGUUGAUGACCAUAUACCUGUUCUUCGAAAACAAGUACAACAGUUUGUUGAGAAAACGAAGAGAGAGAAGGUGGAUUCGAUGAAACAGGCUGUCGCGGUUAUAACUGAGGAGGUGGCCGACAAUAAAACACAAGGUGCAGAUAUAAUGGAAAACAUUGACAGGCGAGGAAAACAACUCCAUGAACAUUUGGAUAAAUUGAUCAACGAGUGCAAGGCGGAAUGUGCCGAUACCCAUCUCGCUUAUGAACAGAAGUUAAAAAGUUACAAUGCUAAAGUGUUGCAACGUUUCGCAGAAAUUGAAUCUGAUAUUACUACAUGCAAAACCUCUCUGAAGUCCAGCAGGACAUCUGACGUCAUAAGUGCGUCACAAAUAGCUAGUAAACAGUACAAAGAUAUUGAUCACCCGUGGAAACCCAGAUUCACCGUUGAUGAGGGUGAAAUAUCAACAGAGGAAAUUCGGAAAUUGCUCGUUCAUCUCCUUGUGAAGCAAGAAUCGAAGGCCUCAGAAUCUAUUAAAGAGAAGCAAACCAACCCAGCGAAAAAAGUUUCAACGGGAUGCAACUCGUGUGGCAACAAGGAUUGCAAAUGUAAAACUUGUUCGAAGUGCAACUACCGAGGCUCCGACUUCAUUCAUUUGGGAAGGACAGUGGGUAGGGUGAGUAUUGCCGUGUGGAAUGUAUUUCAUAAAGUCGAGUUAAGUACCAGUGUUACCUGACUAACAAAUAUCUAUAUAACAAUGUAAAAUAGGUAAUCAUUGAAUUAUACAGUAAGAACUAUAGUUUGGUUUGCUUUCUACAUCUACAAAACAACCAAGUAAGUCUGCUUCUUCCCCUGAUGCUGCGUGAGCUACAAACUUGCGUGUCCAUUCCAUCGUCAGUCGGUCUGUUGUUUGUCACUUUGUCUCGGAUUUUUUUAUUAUAAAAUAUGUUAUCACUUUAUUUCGAGUGAUUAUUUUAAGUGUAUUACAUUACAUAUUAAAUGCAACAGAAAUACUUUCAAACAAAUUGCUACUAGAAGACUUGCGUAGUAUGAAUUCAAUAUUUCGUAUACAAAUGUAAGCUCUAUGACUAACACUUUGUAUUCAAUAUACUGGUAAAUCAAGCAUUAUAGACAUUGUAAUUUGUAGUACAGACUGACCUUUCUAAAUCUUAUGGUC